AUGGGCGUACUCCAACCUCGUGGUCGUCGCGACUCGCGCGCCUCGAUUCUCUCCCGUCGCAAUUGGGGGUUCGACCGCGAUCUCGACGUCGCCAUUGCGCCAGAGUCCCUAGUGGAACACGCCAAUGCCAACCUGGGCAGCUCCCCGGGGGCCGGCCUCGAGGCCUCGAGCUAUAAUGGCUCCAGUCUGAGAACCCCUAGUCGAUCAUUUUACCAUCGUUCUUUCAAUACACCGACUGACCCAGCCCACUAUGCAUCAGAUGGGCUCCGCGAACAAACGGCCGAACUAGCGACUUACGGUUUGUCACUCAAUAAAAAGCCCUCGCGCGGCAGAACCAGUUUACCUUCUGGACUGGACAUUUUCCGCAGCCAGCUCCAACAUUCCCCACCAGUAUCGCAUGAUGAAUUGGCGAGCUCCCAUCCCACCGUGGGGGAGGACUCGUUAGAUUCACAUGCCGUACUCCUCGAACCAGCUUCUGCCUCUGCCUCGUCGGCCUUGACAGAGAUGAUCCGCCAGCCUGGCGCGGGCGUGGUCGACGACUAUACCAAGCCGAUCGAAGACACGUCCUUCUCGCCGCUGUCGACUAUCGACGAUGAAUCUGAGCCCCGGGAUACGGAACGCACCUCUUUGCUGUCAAAGACGAGAUCCAAGUCUCCGCACCAUUAUGGCUCAGUUGAAGAUAUUGAGAGUCAAAGAGGCGCCGCUCGGCGGGAUCCAAUCAAUGCCUUUACCAAGAGUAUUUCAGCGGUAGGCAAAUGGUCUCGUAUAAUGUCCAACCCUAAAUCAUGGAAUCGGCGUGCCAUUUGGCAAGAAGGAGUAGUAUAUCCCGCCAGUUUAAUCCCUGCUGUGGUUCUGGGUCUUCUGCUCAACAUCCUCGAUGCCCUAUCCUACGGAAUGAUCCUGUUCCCUUUGGGAGAACCGCUUUUCGCCCACCUGGGCGCGGACGGUAUCUCUAUGUUCUACGUCAGUACAAUCAUUUCCCAGGUAGUCUUCUCCUGUGGAGGCUCCAUAUUCAAGGGCGGUAUUGGCAGUGAAAUGAUCGAGGUGGUCCCCUUCUUCCACCAAAUGGCAUUCACAAUCAUGAACCGAGUAGGUAAAGACAACCCGCAAUCAGUCAUCGCCACAACUAUCCUCGCCUUUUCAGUCAGCUCUGUCCUCACUGGCUUGGUAUUCUUCCUAAUGGGCGUCUGCGGUUUGGGCUCGUUGAUCGGCUUCUUCCCUCGCCAUAUCCUAAUCGGCUGCAUCGGUGGUGUGGGAUACUUCCUUCUCCAAACCGGAGUUGAAGUCUCUGCCCGACUUCCCGGUACUCUCGAAUACAACGUCCACACGCUGCAGACGCUCUUCCAGCUCGACACCCUCCCCCUUUGGACGAUACCUCUUUUCCUUGCAAUUGCUCUUCUCGUUUUGAAGCGUUUUAUUCGGUCGAAUUUCCUCGUCGGCGCUUACUUUAUUGGUGUGGGUGUCGUGUUUUAUAUUGUCAUUCUCAGCGCUCGGGUUUCGAUGGAUACAUUGCAUCACAAGGGGUGGGUGUUUGAUGCUCCAUCUUCUAACAACCCGUGGUACCACUUUUAUACCCUCUAUAAUUUUUCCGCGGUCAAUUGGACUGCCUUUGCCGACACUAUCCCUGCGAUGUUCGCGUUGACCUUCUUCGGUGUACUACACGUGCCCAUCAAUGUCCCCGCAUUGGGUAUCUCAACUGGAGAAGACAACCUCAAUGUAGACAGAGAGCUCAUGGCACACGGUGUGACCAAUGCCCUGUCUGGCUUCGCGGGUAGUAUUCAGAACUACCUGGUGUACACCAACAGUCUUCUCUUCAUUGCUAGUGGUGGAUCGUCGCGAUUGGCUGGUCUUAUGCUUGCUGCAGCCACGGCUGGCAUCCUGGUCAUUGGGCCGGUCAUCAUUGGUUUUAUUCCGGUGAUGGUCGUCGGUGCCUUGAUCUUCCUAUUGGGUAUUGAACUUUUGCAGGAAGCCUUGGUGGAUACCUGGGGCAAGCUUACGCGACUUGAAUAUCUGACGGUCGUUAUCAUUGUGGUGACUAUGGGUGCCGUAGACUUUGUCAUGGGAAUUCUUGUUGGCAUCAUCCUCGCCUGCGUCAACUUUGUCGUUCAAACAUCUCGCAAGUCGGCUAUCCGUGCGACCUUUUCUGGAGAAAUUGCCGGAUCCACCGUUCGUCGCCCACCUAUCCAGCAACAAUUCCUGCAUGAAGCUGGACAGCAAACUCUCAUCAUGAAGCUUGGCGGUUACCUCUUCUUCGGAACGAUCGUCAAUGUUGAGAAUACCAUGCGGGGACUGAUCGAAGAAGAAGCUUUCAAUCGGCAACCCAUUCGAUUCCUGAUCCUAGAUUUCUCUCGGGUCUAUGGUCUCGAUUUCUCCGCGGCCGAAGCGUUCACGCGUAUCAACCGUGUACUUCGCAAACGGAAUGUACAAACUACCAUCUCGGGCCUAAACGUUGAAGGCGAAGUGGGCAAGUCCCUCCAGAACGUCGGCCUCUUCGAACCCGAAUCCGGCGUGCCAAUCUUUGAAGAUCUCAACUCGGCUCUCGAAUUCUGCGAGAACGACUACCUGAAAAUCUUCUACAGUCGCCAGGAAGCCCUAUCCCGCACACCAAUUGGAGCAACUACGCCCCAAGGCACCACCAACACCAACAACCUCCAAGUCCCCCUUCCUGUCCCACAGAUCCCCAACGCCAGCCUGUCCGACAACAUGGUCAGCUCCCCACGCGGCCAAUACCUCCAGCGCGUAGCAACAACCACCCUCCGCGAACACGAACAAGUAACCGCCCUGAUAGCCGCCCCAGCCUGGUCCUCAAUGCGCCAACCCCUCCCCCUCCUCCUCCAAACCUUCCAAGGUCUAUCCACCCAAAACGAAGACUUCUGGUUCCCCGCCUGCGCCUACUUCUCCCGCGAAUCCUACCCAGCCGGUACAGUCCUCUACCACGAAGGCGACGUCCCCCGCGCCUUCUACCUCCUCGAAUCCGGCAUGCUGCGCGCAGAAUACGAUCUCCCACAGGGCCGGUACUUUGAGCUCGUCGUCGCUGGUCGGCCGUGCGGUGAGUUACCGUUCUUUAGUGAUACGCGGCGCACAGCGACUGUUAAGACGGAGCAUGAUUGUGUGGCGUGGUGUUUGAGUGAUGAGCGGUGGAAGGCGUUGCAGGAGGAUGAGCCGAGGAUUGCGAGGGAGUUGCUCACUGUUAGCUUGAAGUUGACUACUGAGAGGAUGGAUAGUAUUACAUCAUACGUGCUUACAAUGGCUGCUUGA